AUGGAUCACGUUAACUCCAAGUGCAGCGCAUUGGACUGCGCUCGUCGAUUCGCCGAGACCAUACCGCCCGAUGUGUCGGCUUCCGAUGAUGCGGAAGAUAAGUCGGCGUACGGCUCGGGCAUAGACUGUCUGAUGAUGCACCGCGACGUUUACCAUCGCUCUUAUAGCCUGAACAAAAUGGACAAACUGUCCAAUGCAUCUAGCUUGGAGAGCUGUUCAGAAAAUUUGGAGGCGAACGGGCUGAACUGCUUCGAAACGUGUGAGCUUGCGGCCCGGUACUUUUCCGACAGCUCGUCACUAGUCGACAGCACGUCAUGCAGCGAGAACAGCUUCGAAAUAUCACAUCCGUCCGACAGGUCAAAAACCUCGUCGCAUGACAUGCAUUGUCGCAUCGAUGUCGCGUCUUCGCCGCCGCCGCCACCGCUUCCUCCUCCUCCUCCUCCGUUGCAAGCUACAAUACAGGUAUCGAAGUCACCGCCGGCUAGCCAAACUCCUUUAAUGACACAAGCUGACGCCAAUUUUGUCGUGGCCCCCGUAGUCAGCGAUGUCCACAACGGUGCGCAAGAAACGCCCACCAUACCCGACCAAGUCGGUGACUCGUUCCCUCAGCCGCAUCCGUCUUCAUGCUCUUCUGCGCCGCGGCCAGCUAACAGUCAAUCGAAGCGUGCAUGCGAAUUCGGCGACGAUCUGUCGAAUUUGAACUCGCUAAUGCCACAGAUGGAUUUCGACAAGCUGGAGCAGGACCUGGCGAAAGCCGCUAGAGAACGCGAGAUGAGGCAACGAAAAAUAAUGAGCGAACGGGUCCGACAAAGACUGGCCAUGGACAGCAGCAGUCCACUGCCUCGCUAUCGGCCUUCUUCGUUCAAGAGGCCGUUGAAAUCGAAUCUCGGUGCCAGGCUUCAGUCCAGCAUGAACUUGCAGGUGAUCGAACCGCUUUUUUCCGUUUACUGCACUGCCCUUUCAUCAGAUGUCGUUUUCGUUUUGCUAAUUGCCCAGCGAGAUGAUGACACAGAUGAACAGAAGGAGAACGAUGGUGACGGUUGGCGCAUGGUCUCCAAAAGCGUAUCGACUCCAAAUCUGAAAGAUCCUCUUACUGCUUCGUCGAGUCCAGCCGGAAGCGUCAGUAGUGCUCCAGAUUCGUGCAGAAAUGCGUCGGAACUUCGUCGCUUGGCCAAGAUGCAGUUCGACUCCGAGAACAAAGAUUUCCACGCUCAGCUCGAGCGUCUGCGCUGGGAAACCGUUCUAUUACUGUAUCGCGCGAAGGAAGCGGCACACAUGCAAAUGGAGAUCGAACAUCAAGCGAAGAUGACUUAGCUAAACGAAGAUCUGAUGAAACUUUUGCAAGAACGAGACAAUUUGCACAUGGAACAGGAUUCGGUGUUGGUCGACAUAGCUGAUUUGUUGCAGUAA